GGGCGGGGCGGCGGCGGCUUAGCCCGCGAAGGCGGCGGCGGCCGGAGCGGCCGCGGCUGCAGCGGGAUGGGACGGAACGUGGCGCCAGAAGAAGCCACCUGAGUAUGCCAGGAAGUUAGAGAACAGCUGUCUUCUCAAACAAGUAAAUAGUAUUGAUAUUCCACGCUCCUUUUUAAAUGGGAGCUGCAGCUUGUUGGUGUCUGGGAGAGCGAAAGCUUUUGAGCCUGGGAAGAAGCUGAAGAGCAGAUUUGUUGCUCUUCCUUCAGAGAGGAUUGUGAGCCAUGCCUUUGGUGAAAAGGAACAUUGAACCAAGGCAUCUCUGCCGAGGAGCUCUGCCAGAGGGAAUUACAAGUGAACUGGAAUGUGUAACAAAUAGCACCCUUGCUGCUAUCAUACGCCAGCUAAGCAGCUUAAGCAAACAUGCUGAAGACAUAUUUGGUGAAUUGUUUAAUGAGGCCAACAGCUUCUACAUCAGAGCAAAUUCCCUCCAAGACAGAAUUGAUCGUCUUGCUGUCAAAGUCACCCAGCUGGAUUCAACUGUGGAAGAGGUAUCCUUACAGGACAUCAACAUGAAAAAAGCAUUCAAGAGCUCAACAGUUCAAGACCAGCAGGUAGUUUCAAAGAACAGCAUUCCAAACCCGGUGGCUGAUAUUUAUAAUCAAAGUGACAAACCACCACCUCUGAAUAUUCUUUCACCUUAUAGGGAUGAUAAGAAAGAUGGAUUGAAAUUCUAUACUGAUCCUUCCUAUUUUUUUGAUCUUUGGAAAGAAAAAAUGUUACAAGAUACUGAAGAUAAGCGAAAAGAAAAGAGGAGACAAAAGGAGCAAAAGCGUAUAGAUGGCACCACCCGUGAGGUGAAAAAGGUUAGAAAAGCCAGGAACAGACGCCAGGAGUGGAAUAUGAUGGCAUAUGACAAAGAGCUUAGACCUGACAACAGGUUGUCUCAGAGUGUGUACCAUGGAGCAUCUUCCGAGGGAUCACUAUCCCCAGAUACUAGGUCCCAUGCAUCCGAUGUUACAGAUUAUUCUUAUCCUGCUACUCCGAAUCAUUCCCUCCAUCAGCAGAUAGCAAUGCCUUCCUACGGAGCAGGAGAUGGUCCACAGUACAUGGCAGCAUCCCAAAGCCAUGAGCAUGAAUACAGACCACCCUCCACCACUGUACGACAUGCCACUUUAAACAGACCUCAGCAACCACCUCCACCUCCACCCCAGCCUUCAGAUGGCCAGCACAGCUCAGUACCUGUGGUACCAGCAGAUUAUGGGAUGCUCCCAGCUCAGAUGGUGGAUUAUUACAAUCCUACAGGUCCUCCCCCUCCUCCUCCCCCUCCUAUGAUUCCUUCAGCACAAACUGCAUUUGUUAGUCCCCUUCAGCUUCCUGUGCCACCUUCCCAUUCCGGACUGGUGACUGGCUCUACAUAUGCAGCUACUCAUCCUCCUCCUUCUGGUGGGCUUGUUGUCACUGCUCCUCCUCCUCCCGGCCCACCUCCUCCCCCUCCAGGCCCUCCUGCUGCAGGUGCAUCCCUCUCUUCCUCCCCCAUGCACGCUCCUCCAGCGUCAGAGGUGAAGCAGGCACCAAUGAGCGAUGCACGGAGUGAUCUGCUGGCUGCCAUCAGGAUGGGAAUUCAGCUGAAAAAGGUGCAGGAGCAGCGUGAGCAGGAGGCGAAGCGUGAGCCCGUUGGCAAUGACGUGGCCACCAUCCUGUCGAGGCGCAUUGCCGUGGAGUACAGCGAUUCCGACGACGACUCCGAGUUUGACGAGAACGACUGGUCAGAUUGAACGUCGUCCAAGCCUGCUAGAAACUAUAUUAAAUACUUGGCUUCAGUGACUGCUUUGUUAGAAAGAUGUAAAGCAAGACGUUGACAUGUAUUAAGGCUAGUGAGGGAAGUGCUAAAAUUGAAUUGGUAUUAUUCAGAAUGCUGUAGCUUAGCAACUCUGGUAAUAAUGAUGUGAUUAUGCUUAUGCAGAUCAGAAACUUGUCUUACUUUCAGUAUUUACUGCAUAAUACUUAAGUGCCACUAAAUGUAGCAACUCUUGUGCUGCGUGCAAAAUAUGAUGCAGUUGUUGCACUGUUACAGAACCAGCAUUUUAUUUUACUUUCCUGUUCUUGAAGGGAUAAAAUAUAUUUUUUUGACUUUACAUCUUAUUCUUUUAAUUAUGUAAGCAACUUAGAUACUUGUGAAUUGGUCUGGUUGUUAGUCUUUGAGGGCAGCUAAUUGUAUGGCUGAGUGAAGUGUUGAGUUCCAUAAAUGUGAUUAGCUUUUUUAUUAGGUACUAAUUAUGCCCACCUUAGUCUAUUUUUAACCACUUCUGGGCUUAAGUUUUUAUGCAUACAGAAUUGAUUUUAUACUAUCUUCCUUUUUAUCUUAAAAAUGUAGCAGUUGAUGAAAUGUAUACUUUGAAAAAUGAACCCACAUGAUCCAGAAAGAACAUUUGGUGAGCAGUCAGAUCUGUCUGUAACAGUACCAGCUCUUAAGUUGCUGGUUGCUUGUUGGGAAGAGUGUUGGGGGAGUCUCUGCUGGGUAGCAGAUGCAUGUCCGUGUUAUAAAUGGAAAUGAAAAUACUUGUAGAGCUUUUCAGUCUUACAAUAAGAUCAACUGGAUGCAGGAUAGACCUGAUGGAAACCCUGUGGCUGUUACAGUGCAGAAAGGCUACUGCUAUUGCUGAAGAUUGGAACAGUCCAGAUCUAGCAAUCAGAUACAUUUCACAAGUAUUAAACUUGGUCUUUAUGCCUGUAGGUAUAAAUGUGUGUAAAUAAGUUCUAUUGUGGUUGAUUUGUACAUGUGUAGAUGUGUGGCACAUUGAUUCAGAGCUCUUAUUUUGAAUGUAUUUCUUUCCCAGUACAUUCCAUAGAUAAAACAUGGGCAGUUAAAGC